AUGGGGAAAAAGGAGCAGCCUAAACAUCUAAUACAAUUUUUGGAGAAAGUGAAGUCAUCACCUGGAUUCAGGGGAGUGCACGAAUUUGACCAUGCUAAAAUUCCUUCUUUAGACACGGAAGAACCUCCUAAUUGCUGGGCUCUUCCUAUAGUGACACUGACAAGCAUUGCAAUUGCACUUCCAGACAUUGAUUUCCACUUAAUUGAGGAAUUAAUAAGGAGUGUGUAUGAAGGUUUCAUGUACAUCAAACUUGUUGAAGAGAACCUGGAUAGCAGAAAUGACCUAGUAUACAUCAGGAAGGCAGCAGAGUUAGUGUGGGUAGAAGUUGACUUAUGUUACAAGUGGCUGGACGUCGAUCUCCGUAAAGCUGCCACUGAAGGACAAAAUCCAAAAGGCGUGCUUGAAGGACUCUCUGAGAAAGCAAAGGAGAGAUUCAUCGAAUUCAGAAAGAAAGAUCCAAAUGCUUGUUUAAAGGGUUCACCUUCAACAUGGCCUCCCAAUAUGUUGGCAGCCAACUGUAUGUACAGAGUGUGUCAAACUCUUCUGCAAAGUUCUGAUAGCAGAGUGUUUGAGAACAGCAAAUCCAUGUUUGACAGAUUGUCAACCAUGAUUGCGGAUAUAACAGGUGCUUGUCUUACCAACCUUGAUAAAGUUAUAUCCAUGCGAUGCCACCAUGGCACCAUUGAAGAGAGAGCAGCAGGUGUCCGCUCUGCCAUCUUACUUCUGGGGAAAACAGAGAGUGUUCUGCAUAUUCUUCGUUCACAGUCACUUCCAAGUUCAGCACCAGAUCAAUUGGAAAAAAUUGAUCAUUGGCGCUCACAUAGCAAAGAGGUGGACAACCUCUCCUGCAGUAGUAGCUCACCCUCAAAUUGUUCUCCAACUUCCCAAAGUUCAUCAGACUUGUAUCUAACUGUGGACUAA